CGCGGCAAAAUAAAAACAGAAAACCGAUAAGUGCGCUCCCUCUCUCUCUCUCUCUCUGUGAGCGCGCGACAUUCCUGCCAUGCAAGACCUUUCCGACGAUAUCAUCUUGGACGUACUCUCGAGACUCCCUGUCGUCUCUCUCUCCAGAUUCAGGUGCGUUUCCAAAUCAUGGCGUUCUCUAAUCUCCCACCCUCAUUUUAUCAAGACGCACCUCAAUCGCAGCACCAACGACAAACACGAGCGUCUUCUUCUCUGUGGUAAUUAUAAUUGGUUCUCCGUGGAAAUCAUUUCUUCCCAAUUCGGGCACCAAUCGCUGGCAGCGCGCCUAAAUUUCGCACCGGACCGAAACCCUACCUGCUGCCACGAGAUUUGUUGUUCGUGUGAUGGCUUGGUAUUGAUGCUCGAUGUAGGGCUCCAUUAUUUUGUGGUAAAUCCUUCAACUAGAGAAUCUAGAGAAUUACCGAAACCUCCUUUGAGUAAUGCUUUCGAUCAUUAUGGGCUUGGUUAUGACUCAUCCAUCGAUGACUACAAAGUUGUAAAUAUCUCUUCUUAUGACAGAGAAACUGAGUGCGCUGAUAAUGUAGUCAGUGUGUAUGCCUUGUAGACCGAUUCCUGGAGAAGGAUUGGGAGCUCUCCUUUUGAUCAUUCACGUUCUGAGCAUCGAUCAGGGGCUUUUGUUUGCGGUGCACUCCACUGGGUAGCUAGUAAUGGUACAAACGAUGUUAUUGUAGCACUUGGUUUAGUAGAUGAAAAAUUUCGGACUGUCUCAUCUCCAACUCUGGGUUUUACUGGUGACCGACUUUGUAUUGUUGGAGGGUGCCUUUGUGUGUUUGUUGAGCAGUUUUAUAAUGAUCGUUGUGGUCUAGGUGUUUGGGUGAUGAAAGAGUAUGGUGUGAGAGAUUCCUGGAUGAAAUUUACAGUCCCUUUUAAUGAUUAUAGCUUUGGUUGUUCUUCGAGACCCUUGAGUUUAUCUAGGACCAGUCCAGUUUUGUUUAACAUAGGAGGAUACAGAUUAGUCAUCUUUGAUCCACGGGAGGAAGAAUUCAAGGAGCUAGUGGUUCACGUCCGUCCAGUUCUAUUUCAAGCAGGAACUUAUGUGGAAAGCCUCGUUUCACCCAAGAGGCUAUGCUAAUAAACAAACUCCACUAGAUUUACUCAUUAUGUAUGUGUUUUCGUCACUGCACUACUGCUAUCUUGUCUUUAUUAUGAUGGUUACAGUGAUGCAAUUUUUAUAUACUAUUGCUUAUAUUUUUCGGCUU